AUGGUUCCAAUCUGCCCAAUCUCGGGCCCAACUUCCAUAGCCCUGAAUGACGCUGUUGAUCACUUUAGCGCAUAUAACACAGCUAGCAGUUCAAGCUCACAUUCCCUCACCUCAUACAAAGCCCAUCACCUCCCGCAUGACCCAGAACAGCAUGCAUUAGAUCACGAGAUCAAAAAAGCCAUCAAAGCGAUCCGAAAUGAAGACAGUCAAGUUCUACAACAACACGAGGAUGGUCUCGAUGACCUAGACAUCGAUGUCAAUGGAAUAUUUGAUGAUCAAGAUGAUGAAGACAAUAACAUGAUGCCAUCCAUGGAUCCAAACGAGGACGACCCUGAUCCAUUUCUGCCAGAAGAAGGUUUCAACUCAACACGCAACAGGGACCUCACAGAUACCCCCCCUCAUCUGAUCACGAUAUAG